AUGUCUACCGACGCCUCUCAGCCGGCACCGACAGCUGAACCCACAAACGAGGCCCCUCUGGAUGCUGCUGCGUCCACCGCGGCCCCCGCGGCGUCUGUGACCCGCACAGGCUCGAUGUCCAAGAUGCGCUCGCACAGGGGAAACAUCCCCACUCUCCCUCAGACCAAGCUGUGUCCCCUGUGCCCUGCCAAGUUUACUCGUACCACCCAUCUCAAUCGUCACAUGAAGACGCAUUCGAAUGAGCGUAUGUAUGAGUGCGAACGCUGCCACGCCCAGUUCACGCGGAGCGACCUCUUGACGAGGCACAAACGGACGUGUUGCGAGUCAUCUGUCAAUCGGUCCCGCAGGAAGUCAUGCAAGAGCUGCGCGGAGUCCAAAGUGCGCUGCGAUCUCGAGCAGCCGUGCGCCAAGUGCAAGGCCCGCGGCCGCGAGUGCGUAUACACCUCGGCAGACCGCCGAGGGAACAAGGCCCCGGCAGACGCCGAAGGCGCCUCUUCCGGAAGCUCCUCCUCGCAGGACUCGCCAGAAGCUUCUGGUUCGGGCCAGGGCGCGGCCAGCACCAAAACCUCGCCGAUCGCAGACUUCGCGAUGCCUGCCACACUGCUCGACAAUUUCGCGGCGUCGAUGACCGGCUUUGGCACUCUUGACGGCCUCUCGCUGCCGGCGUCCGCUUCCCAAACAGCCGCGUCUUCAUCCGGCGCUCUCGCGCUCGCGGGUUCGAGCAACACUGCGCUGGCCACGACUGACGGAACCAGCGAGGACGAGCGCGCCUACAGCGACGUUUUCUCCUCCACCCAGAUGUACGACGGUCUUUUCACCGACCUGUUCACGUCCAGCUUCGAGAAGCAUCCCUCCAUCCCCGGACAGCACUUCAUGCAGGAUCCUACGAUGUUGCUCACCGACCGCAUGGAGUCUACCAUGCUCGAUCCCGAGAUGUUCGAUAUUAUCACCCAAACUACCAGUGGUCCGACACAGCUCGGUAUAUACUCGCUGCCUGCAACAAUGGGGGCCACCCCAGAUCCGAUGGAACACAUUCCCGAAACUGAAAUCAUGGAGUCGACUUCUACUGGUGACCACGGUCUUACUAUGGGUGGCAUGCCCUCGAUCUCGGAGUAUUAUAGUUACAUAACGUCGUUCCUCACCAUAUUCCUGCAACACCUGCCGAUCCUUCACCAAUCGACUUUCCUCAAGGAACCUCGACAUCUCCUUCUUGUUAAGGCUUCGAAAGCUUGCGGAGCCCUAUACGCAAAGACGCCCGGGUCGAAGAAGUUUAUUCAACAAAUCCUAGCUUCGACUCGGGACGAAAUCAUCGCGGAACUGUCGCAUGCGACAGAAUUUGAUGUCAUGACACAGCUCACGCUGGCGUCGUGCUUAAUACAGACGAUUGGUAUGUACCACAAGGACCCGGAGCAGCGUGCCAAGUCGAACGUUUAUCAUGGCAUGAUUGUUAUGAUGUUACGAAUGAAUGGUUUCAUCGAGCAAACUCGGGAGUGGAAGCACGAUCCUAUCGAUUUUACGGAUCCUCGAUCCGUCGAAACAGCAUGGCGCAAAUGGGUGAAGUACGAGACUGCCAAGCGCGCCAUAUGGAUUUCAUACUGUCAUGACUGCAGUCAUGUGAUCUACUUUAAUCUCCAGCCGACUUUCCACAACGAGCACUUUACGUUGGGUCUACCUGCCGAAGAUGCCUUGUGGGCAGCAUCCAGCGCAGAAGAGUGGGGCGUGGUCCUCCAGCAGCCAUCCAAAUACGGCACUGUUGAGAGCAGGCUCCAUGGGCAGUACAUCAAGACGAUGUACAACUUCCUCGUCCAGGACAACCCCAGCAACGAGCCCCGCGAUUUCAAUGUCUCGCCGUUCGCGCAUUACCUCAUGAUCCACGCUGUCCUUCGCAAACUCUUCGAGCUCUACCUCCGCGACCGCCUCCCCUUCCAGCAAGCUGCGACCGGCAGCGACGUUCAGCGCCCGAAGCUGAACCCCCACUACGUCGACAAGGUCCGCGUUUUCCAUGUGCAAAUCCUGUUGCACUGCUGGCUGCAGUCGUGGCUCUCGUCGCCCGAGUCGCCGCGCGACAUCCCCGAGUCGCAGCAGCGGUAUUCGUUCAACGCGCUCCCGCUCUACUGGCUCGCUCAAGUCGGCCUCGUCGCGUACCAGGAGGGCCUCCCGCCGUUCGACGCCGACGGGGUGUACAUCACGAGCCACGAGGCGAAGUUCCAUCUGAUGAAGAAGUGGGAGAGCCACAUCCGCAAGUUCUUGGAGGACGGGUCGCAGACGACGACGAAGUUCUGGGACGAGGUCAUGAAGAUUAGAACGGACACGUGGACGGCGGAGAGCGGGUUCGAGUAUCCGCACCUCCUCGGCUUCUUCUACAACUGA